CAUAGAAACAAAGUCAUUAAUGCAAUUGCAACUGAGCUUUCCACAAUUGAAUUAAUAUCAGGUAAUAUAGCUUUCUUCGGGCUUUAGAAAUGUCGUUUUCUACUUUGGAUGAGAAUGAUAACGAUGAACAAGGGAUCGAUCCUCUUGUUUUGUCGCUCGAAGAAUUUUCACGCGCACAGGACGAAUUGGCAACAGCGACCGAUGUUUUGGGUUCGAACGAGCCCCAGUUAACUGGCUGGAUUGUCCAUCGCGCUGCUCUAAACGAAAACAAACCGUCGUGUCGACGAUCGGCUCCAGCUUUAAAAGACUCAAAAGAAGUAAGAUCAAGCACUCCACGAAGGAGUGUUUCUCGUCAAUUUGCGAGGAAUCGAGGGGACUUGGGUGAAUUCAAAUACUUCUUACAACCGAGCAGAUACAUCGAACAGUACAGGAACGAAAAGAUUAACCGGCAAGAGGCUGCCUUGAGAGAGCUGGCAAGCAAAAAUGACAGACGCAGAGCGUCUGACAGUUACGUAGAUUUGGGAAAAAACGGCGAUCACACGGAAAAUGGAACGUUCAAGAACGUGCCUAGUGUUGUGAGCAUGAAAGAAGUACAAACAGCCGAAGACGACAAUACGGUUAAGCCACUCGUUGUUUCCUCAAAAGGAUUGAGUAGACCGGCUAAUUUGCCAAUGUCGGGACAAUUUCACGGAAGGAAGCUUCAGUGGCGACCGACUGUUGGUAACAGGAAAAUAACUAACGCCAAAGUAUCCCAGUGGAGCCAAGCACACAUAGACGUUACUCUUGAGAUUACGUCACAUGGAAAUGGUGACGUCAGUCACUUGGUCCACUCCAGCCAACAGAGCGAAGGUUAUACCCCAUUUCAGGAGAGACGAUCGUCUGCGAACUUAGUUGUCAAGAGAGGAGAAUUAGGAGGUGCAGCGACAACUAAUCACCGGUCUGACAGCAAAAGCCAGCCUCAAACGAUUGGUGUCCAGUGUUCGCCGAUUGAAAAGUGCGACGCGUGGGUAAAAAACCGAGACAAUGACCUGGGAAAUAUCUCCGGCAACGGAAAGGAGCAACUUACAGCAAAAGCACGGGGUAUUCGUGGAUUACACACGGCGUGCGGACAUUCUUCUCAGUUAUCUUUACGUGGCAGCUCACUGAAUUCGCCUCAGAAAGACUCGUGUAGUGCUCGAGCAGCUGAAAGCUCAAAAUGUGCGACAGGGAUGGACUACUCCAAAUAUACAGAUAUGUUUAAAAAUGUGCUGGAGUUUUAUGGAACAAGACGACUGAGACCGAAAUCACAUUCGGCGGUCGAGCAACUGUUGUCCAUGAAGACAUGAAUAAUAUCUGUGUAUAGAAAAGGGAAACAGGCCGGGGACACAGCAGAAAUCCUCGACCAAAGGCGGCAAGAAGGAUGUGGAAGGUACAAAGAGAGAGGGAGUGAGACGGGAUUACAGAGGUGGCUGAAACCGGGGGAAAUGAUAGUUGGAACGUGAAACUUUGUGUUAUAUUUUGUCUGUACUUUUCGACCCAAAUACAUAGGAAAAAAUAUAUUUUUUAUAUCAUUUAGAGCCUAUAGAAAUUAUUUGACUUUUAGGAGUCUAGAACAGUGCGUGCAACCAAGCUGGGAACUAGAUUCGCGUUUUAAUGGCCUGUAUAUUAUAGUUCAAACUAGCCGUCAGCACGUCAUGUGACUUCCCGGUUCAUUUACAUUACAGAAACAUAUACCUUAUGUGAGAGAGGACAAUGCAGCUUCUUUUAAAAUAAUUCAACCAACUGGUCUCGUUUUCUACGAGUAAUAAUCAACGAGGCACAGGAAAGUUGACUAUUCACUUUUAACGUAACCCACCUGUCGACUGUCAGGUAAAUGUGCAAUCUGAUUGGCUAGCUCAUGGCGGUCUAAAUGUUAAAAUCAGCUAUAUAAAGGUACAUAUAUUCUUGUGGAGAUUCACUAACAAAGUAAUAUAAGAGUUUAUUUUUGAUGGUUUCGAAAAAAAAGAAUUAUGAGUUUACACUUUUGAUAUAUUAUUGCAAUCCAUUUAUUAGAAAAUUUAUUUCCUGCGAAGAAACUCGAUUAUGUGUAAUAUAAAUCUAUUUGAGAUGUAGUAAAACAUGAUGGAUAAAACUGUUUCUCAACGAAA